AUGGCGAUCAACAGCACCUCUUCCUCUGAGUAUGUUUUGUACUACCACCCAUACUCAGUGUGCUCACUGAUGGUCUUGAACACGCUCGUGUGGAAAGGAUCGGCGAAACGGCGCGAAGACGAGAUCGCUGUGCAGUUUAGAGAGGUCGAUAUCUUCCAUGAAGAACAACUCAGCGAAGAUUUCCUCUGCAACAUCAAUAACCAUGGCCAGGUUCCAGUCCUGGCACACUCGAGCAAAGUAGAUGCGCCGAUCACUGACAGUCUCAAAAUCACAAAUUGGCUGGCGACGAAAUAUCCCGACUUGAUGCCUACCGAGCAUGAAGCGGAGAUUCGUCAAAAAUUAAACGACCUUCAUGCGCUGAACUAUUUCUCGCUGUCUUUCCCUGGGCGACCACAGAUUGCUCAACAGUUAGAGGCCAAUGUCCAGCGUAGAUUACAGGACUCGAGCAUUUCGGACCGAUACAGAAAGGCGCUCGAAUUUAAGUUGGGCGUAACUAAGCGCGACAAAUCCGGUGGUCUUGUGCCUGCAGUGACAGCCGAGAAUGAGAAGAACGCGAAAUCAUUGCUUUCAGAACUAUCGGAUAAAUUACGUGGUCCAGAGAGCUGGAUCUAUGGCGAAAAACCCACCGCCAUCGAUGCCCAUCUAGUUGUCUUCAUCGCGCGUAUGAUGGAUGUGGGUCGCGAGCAGUUGAUCCCGGAAAAGCUGCGAGACUACACUCACUGGGCGAUGCAGAAGCCGGAAUGGGUUAAUAUGAUGGGUGGCAGGUCGACUAUGAUUCCACAUUAG